CUGGGCGCUGUCCCACGGCCUGGAAGCAGCUGCUAAGCCCGCGCUUGAACCUUCGUCCCUCCGCUCACUGCCCUCACGCCAGACUUCACCAUGUCUAUCAGGGUGACCCAGAAGUCCUACAAGAUGUCCACCUCCGGCCCCCGGGCCUUCAGCAGCCGCUCAUACACGAGCGCGCCCGGCGCCCGCAUCAGCUCGUCCAGCUUUUCCCGGGUGGGCAGCGGCAGCAGCUUCCGCGGAAGCGUGGGUACCGGCAUGGGCCUGGGCGGCUUCGGCGCGGCUGGUGCGGGGGGCAUCACGGCGGUCACGGUGAACCAGAGCCUGCUGAGCCCCUUGAAGCUGGAGGUGGACCCCACCAUCCAGGCUGUGCGCACCCAGGAGAAGGAGCAGAUCAAGUCCCUCAACAACAAGUUCGCCUCGUUCAUCGACAAGGUGCGCUUCCUGGAGCAGCAGAACAAGAUGCUGGAGACCAAGUGGGGCCUGCUGCAGCAGCAGAAGACUGCCCGGAGCAACCUGGACAACAUGUUCGAGAGCUACAUCAGCAACCUCCGGCGGCAGCUGGAAGUCCUGGGCCAGGAGAAGCUCAAGCUGGAGGCGGAGCUCGGCAACAUGCAGGGCCUGGUGGAGGACUUCAAGAACAAGUACGAGGACGAGAUCAACAAGCGUACAGAGAUGGAGAAUGAAUUUGUCCUCAUCAAGAAGGAUGUGGACGAGGCCUACAUGAACAAGGUGGAGCUGGAGUCCCGCCUGGAAGGGCUGACUGACGAGAUCAACUUCCUUCGGCAGAUCCAUGAAGAGGAGAUCCGGGAGCUGCAGUCCCAGAUCUCGGAUACCUCUGUGGUCCUCUCCAUGGACAACAGCCGCUCCCUGGACAUGGACAGCAUCAUCGCCGACGUCCGCGCCCAGUACGAGGACAUCGCCAACCGCAGCCGGGCCGAGGCUGAGAGCGUGUACCAGAUGAAGUACGAGGAGCUGCAGACCCAGGCCGGGAAGCACGAGGAUGAACUUCGCCGCUCAAAGACGGAGAUCUCUGAGAUGAACCGCAAUAUCAACCGCCUGCAGUCCGAGCUGGAGAAGCUCAAGGGCCAGAGGGCAAACCUGGAGGCGGCCAUCACUGAGGCCGAGCAGCGCGGGGAGCUGGCCAUUAAGGAUGCCAACGCCAAGCUGGCCGAGCUGGACGCCGCCCUGCAGAAGGCCAAGCAGGACAUGGCGCGGCAGCUGCGCGAGUACCAGGAGCUCAUGAACGUCAAGCUGGCGCUGGACAUCGAGAUCGCCACCUACCGCAAGCUGCUGGAGGGCGAGGAGAGCCGACUGGAGUCUGGGAUGCAGAACCUGAGCAUCCACACGAAGACCACCAGCGGCUACUCAGGAGGACUGAGCUCCGCCUAUGGGGGACUCACUAGCCCCGGCUUCAACUAUGGAAUGAGCUCCUUCCAGCCCGGUUUCAGCUCCGCCGGGGGCUCCAGCUCUAUCACGCGCAGCAAGGCUGUGGUCGUGAAGAAGAUUGAGACCCGCGACGGCAAGCUGGUGUCCGAGUCUUCUGAUAUUCUGCCCAAGUGAAAGGCCGCUGGGUCGCUGCCAGCCUGUGCUCCCGCAGCUGCUCAGGGGAACAAGAGGCCCACCCCAGGAUUAGCCCUCUGGCCAACCCAGGGAGGAAUCUCCCAUCUGGUGCAUCCCGCCGGCCCCUGCCUUCUACCCAAACCCAACUCAAUUGUAUUUUCCAAAAUAAAGCCUCUGCUGGCUCCAUCGA